AUGGCUUUCCGCGCGGCGUGGCUCCUUGUACUUUAUCUGUGUGCACUGGCUGCACACGCCAUUCCACCACCUCUCGAAGCCCGGGGCCGACCCGUCCUUCCAGAGAAGGACCCCUUCUAUAUUCCCCCGGAGGGGUACGAGAAGGCCGCUCCCGGCGAAAUUCUCCGGUCCCGUGAAGUCCCUUAUCCGAUUGCUGCGUUCACCACAUUCCGUAUCAAUUUGGCCGGCGCCUACCAGCUCCUGUACAGGUCAUCGGACAACUUCGGCAAACCCACUGCUACUGUGACAACAGUUCUUGUUCCACAUAAGGCCGAUUACAACGAAGUCGUCUCCUACCAGGUCGCUGAAGAUGCAGCAUCCAUCAACUGCGCCCCGUCGUAUGCCUUGCAACUGAAGUCGGCGACCGGAGGACCCUUCGGAACGAUUGUGACACAGGCUGAGCUGCUGCUUAUGAUCGCUGCCCUCGAAAAAGGAUGGGUUGUCACUGUUCCCGAUUUCGAAGGCCCCAAGGGUGCCUUCUUGGCGAACGUUCGCGCGGGAUAUGCGGUGCUCGACGGCAUCCGUGCGACUUUGGCCUCGACCAAGAUCACUGGGGUCAACUGUAAGGCACGCGUGACGAUGUGGGGUUACUCUGGAGGAAGUUUGGCAAGUGGAUUUGCUGCUGAAUUGCAGCCGGCAUAUGCCCCCGAGUUGAAGAUCGCCGGCGUCGCUUUGGGCGGUACAGUUCCCAAGAUCUCGACCGUCAUCGCCUCCAUCAAUAAAUCCAUCUUCACGGGUCUGAUUCCCGGAGGUAUUAUUGGACUUUCGCGCGAAUAUCCGGUGGUGGAGAGCAUCCUUAAGACGCAGAUCAAGGAGGAGAAGAAGGAGAAAUUCAUGAAGGCCGAUAACCAAUGUUUCGGUGCAAACAUCCUCACGUACGCAUUUGACGAUAUGUAUGCGUACCUCAAGGAUCCAGAUAUCCUUAACCUCGAAUAUGUCACCGAGAUCCUCAACUAUAACUCGAUGGGCAGUCACGUUCCCAAGAUCCCGGUCCUCAUCUACAAGGCCAAGAACGACGUAAUCAGCCCUUGGAACGAAACGGUGGCUAUCUUUGAUCGCUAUUGCGCCGGCGGAGCUGAUGUCGAGUUCAGAACGGAUCUGACUGCGGAUCAUGCGAGCAACACCAUCACGGGAGCACCUCAGGCUAUGAUCUGGCUUGAUGAGCGCAUGAGGGGUAUUCCUGUCGAGAAAGGAUGCUCAAAAGAGACCCAAUUGACUGGACUGUUGGAACCCGGUGCUCUUAGGGUGAUGUCCUUGACAAUAAUCCACGCUCUUCUUGAUAUUUUGGGCAAACCCGUUGGGAAGCAGUUGGCUGGAAAGAGUAUAUAA